AUGGACCAAGAUGCACAAGUAACCUCAGGGUAUGCAACGCUUAUGGAUUGUUCCAUCUGCCAUGCCGAAAUGAGAACAGAAUCGAUAUCAACAGUUCGGGGUCACAAUGACGAGGUCGGACAGUGCUCGUGCAGCACUAGUUCAACAUCAAGGUCUUCUCCGGCACCUUGUGAUACGCUACUGACAAAACCAUUUGGUUACAAGAACCAUUGUAACGCUAUCGCAUGGUACCCUGCGGAUGAUCACAUUUUCCUAUCGGCAGGAGACUCAAUGAUCAAUGUGUGGGACCUGAAUAUCGUCGACAUAGCAUACACUUUCAAUGUUCGGCUUUCCGCUGUGAAACAUAUUGCAGUGGGCCAAACUAAAGGGACGAAUCCGGUCAUCGUUGUAGGACUUGCGUGUGGAUCGAUAUCUACCUGUGAUAUGAGGUCAUCUGCAACAUUCAACUAUCCCAAUAAUUCGACCCGUGGCGAGGUUACGGCGUUGUAUUGUACACCUCAUAAUGAGCAUUUGGUCGUGGCUGGAUAUGAGGAUACCACCGUUUGUAUAUGGGACCUACGCCGUUAUAACCGUCCAGUGGCUCUACUGGGAUCCAAAGCUGAAAUUGCUCCAUGGUCGGUAGUAAAUGGUUGCCACAUAUCUUAUGGCGAUGGCUCUAAGUCUGCCACUGAGAUUCCCUUUUUGCAUUCUCAGGAUUUUGAAAAUGAGGAGGAUAUCUGGUCGUACGUGAUGCAGGAGUCAAGUAGCAGUGGUCCCAGUAGACCAAAUUCUACCUCCGCCGCAAAAUCGUCUUUAUCUGCGCGCAAAAAACAGUCUACUCCUGCUGCUUCUAAUCCCCUAUUCGACCCGAAGAUGUUUACUGUACCUACAUUACAGCUAGACAGACCGCCACCAAAAUCAAGACGAAACAAGUCUACAAUAUCAGUGACUGACAUAUUGAUGUCAGAUAGUAGUGGAGCUGGUGAUUCCGUAUCUUCACGCCAGUCUGUAGGCCGUGUUCCUAAGAGGGACCCUAAAUCUCGUGCUGGUAGUAAGUUAUUGGCGAAAUACGUUGCCGCUUACAAACGAUAUCGUGCAAAUUCUACCCUUGAGGAUAUCGGAACUUUGCCGGGCGAAAGAGCUGCGAGUGUGGGCCGAAGCCCUGCUCGGCGUCCCAUGACAUUAUCUGAAAGAAAAGCUUUAGAGAACAAAAGUCAUGGUAUGCCUACAGCUUUCGAUUGCACUUUGGAUGGUAACACAUUAUUCGUAGCACGUCACAAGGGUCAUGUGGAGAAGUACGAUGGUCGAAACUAUCGCUACAUCCGCCAUUUCGAUAUUGCUGCGCUUACACAACCUUAUCAUACCGGCGAGCCUCCGAGUUAUGCACAGCGCAUGUAUCUAAUGGCCAGGGAUGCAGGGAAUUGGUUGUUGUUUAAUGCCGGUGAUAAGCUGGCUGUUAUUGACAGUAGCCGGGGUACCCUUGGUAGUAUAAUUGGGAUGCGAUGGGAGAACCAUGAGAUGUUAGUUGACGAAAGUGUCCCAUCAACUAUGGAUUCCACCGUUCCUAGGCAGAAGUAUGUUACCGAUUUUACUGCUCUACGUGGUCGGCGUGAUAUUUACGCCUUAAAUGAGCGUGGUGAGCUAUUUGUUGUACACCCGGUAGGCUCGAUUAUGUCGAACGCAUUGACCUAUUCCCACCGGAAUGGGAGCGAAGCGCCUGUAAGUGAAGGCAUGUGCAAGCCAUCGGAUAAUCCGGAGCCAUUAGAGCCUAUCGUGGAUCUAAAACAUCGUCGUAAAAGAAGACUAACAAUACUGAUGGUAUCUGAAUUUUUCUAUCCAGAUGUUGGCGGUAUCGAAACACACAUAUGCGCUUUGUCUACAAAGCUUAUUGAAAUGGGACACUGCGUGGUCGUUGUGACAAGGCACUUUGGAGAACGUCGUGGAGUGAGGUACAUGUCUAACGGCAUGAAGGUUUACCAUAUACCUACGGUAUAUUUAGUGAAGCCAUGUGGAUUACCAGUGUUCAUAACAACCUUCUUACUUGCACGAAAUAUACUCAUUAGAGAACAAGUGGAUAUCGUGCAUUUCCAUCAGACUUCGUCACGUUACGGCAGCGAGUUCGCCCACACAGCAUAUAUGCUGGGUUUGAAGUCGGUAUUCACAGACCAUAGUCUCUUUAGUUUUGUGGAUAUCGGCCCGAUAACUCUGACCAAUUACUUGAGAUCGCAAUCAAGUAUCAUCGAUCAUACCAUAUGCGUUUCAAACACCCACAAGGAGAACCUUGUAUUGCGCACCCAAAUGGACCCAACCAAGAUAUCUGUAAUCGGGAAUGCCAUAGAAUCUGAAUCUUUCAAGCCUCGAUUGACUGAUAGAAAUGACGGCAAGAUCGUCAUAGUGGUAAUUAGUCGUCUCACUGAGAAGAAAGGCGCCCAUUUGUUAAAUGAUGUGAUACCCCUCGUAUGCAAAAGGUAUGAAAAUGUAAACUUCAUUAUUGGUGGUGACGGACCGCUAUACUCCAACAUCGCAGAGCGCAUCGACAAACUAUAUCUACACAAAAGGGUUACUCUACUGGGUGCGGUACCUACAUACAAGGUCAAUGAUGUGCUAAUCAGAGGUGACAUUUUCCUUAACACCUCAAAGAGCGAAUCUUUUUGUAUCGCGAUACUCGAAGCGGUUUCGUCUGGGCUGCUUUGCGUAUCCACUAAUGUAGGAGGUGUCUACGAAAUAUUGCCACGAGACAUGGUACUGCUCGCAAACUAUUCGGCAGAAAGCGUUGCCAAUCGCAUAGAAGAUGCUAUAGAGAGGUUGCCAACUAUCGAUCGACAGGGGUUCCAUGAUAGGAUUGCGAAUAUGUACUCUUGGCGUAAAGUGGCCGAACAAGUCCUUGAAAUCUACGACAAGGUAUUGUGUCAACCGUCAAUUAGCCCUUUCGAACUCAUAUACCACUAUUGGGAAACAAAAUCGAUAUUCCGUAAGUUGCACGAUACGUGUUUAUUUACAUUAAUAGGGGCCAGCCUAAUUCUAGUUGUCACGUUGCUAUAUAUCGAGUGGUGGAUCGCUGAAUUGAUAUACCCUAGGGAUGAAAUCGACAUCGCACCAAAAUGGUCUCGUCAUGGAGACUGCGCAAGCGGGGUGAAACGUAGCGGUGGUACUACAUUAAAUACGGAUAAGCGUUCAAAGCGGCGCUUAUCGAGGAAAACUGAUGAUGAAACAACCAUGUUUUGA